AUGAUGGCAACUGAAGCCACCUCGAACAUAUCAGGGAUAAAAUCUAGUAUUCAGGGCAAUCAACGGAUGAACAUAAUCGAAAAUUCUUCCAAGUAUCAUGUCGCCUCAAGAGAAACAGACUUAAAGCGAAAUGAGGCAAAACAAUUUUCAGAUCUCCUCGAACCAAGGACACUUUCCACAAAUAUUAGCAUUAAUGGGGGGUCAGAUAGCGACACCUCUAAAGCCGAGACUGCUAAAACCGAUGGUGAAGAAAAGGGUCAUAUCCGGACCACUUCAACUAUAAGAAAACCAGCAUCAUUCAAACCAGUUUCUGUCAACAAGACCUUUCUAGCUGCUAAAGGAUCUACCACUAAUUUAUCAUCAAAAAUUGGUGAUAAGAGCCUCGUAGGCUCUUCGAUAUCCCAGACUAUACCACUAGUCGGUGGUAACAGCGCAAGACCUCGAUUGGUAGCUAAGACAGGGCCUGGCCUCAAUGCAGUACCAAGGACCGUAGCUGCUGUAAAUGGUGGUAAGGCUGGAGGAGCACCUGAUGCCAGCGCUGUAUGGAACAAAAAUAGACCUGCACCAGCGCCAGAACCUAAAACAUUUACCGAUGAAGAGCUGAAGCAACAGUAUGGAAUCCAUCUAGCAACGAGGCUACAGACCGAUGAUGUGGGAAAGCAAGCCAAUUGGGCGGAUAUUGACGAGGAUGAUGAGGAAUGGGCACCUAAUACGAUGGAAUGGUCAGACGGAACUAAAGUCACCUUGCCACAGUCAAAUAGUGCACCUAAAGAUAUACCACAACCUCCUCCUCCUCCACCAAUACCUGAGCCAGAGGAAAAUGUAAAGUUUAAAGAGAAACCUGUUUCUGAGCCUCUCAACCUUAAAUCGCAAGGAAAACCCCUUCAAGCUACUAAUGUGUCAUCGCUUAAGCCAAAUAUAUUUUCGGGUAGAUCCGGGCUUGUACUAAAGGCUGCAACUGAAAAGUCUACUCUGGUACCCAAGCCACCUGGGCCUCCACCUCCAACUAAGUCUCCCUGGGCACCACUACCACCAGUAGAUAAAGUAGCUCCGAUAGUUUCUGAAGUUAGUCAGGCACAGUCGCAGCCAAAUCGCUACGCUCAAAAAUCAGCUCAAUCUUUUACAAAUAACCCAGCGCCUGCAGCGAAGGAAAUAGCAGCCGACGAUUUUAGUCGAUCAUGGCGAGACUCCCCAAUUGCCGGUAGAGAACUGUACAAUGCUCAGUCUGGGAGAUAUGAACCGGCCAACGACAGUCGAAAAAGCUCCUCUCGCUCAGAUCCAAAGUCUGUUCAGCCUGCUGUGCUACAAAGGCCCCAACAAGAGAACUCUAUCGAAACCUCAAAUACUACUCAAAAUAACCGAGCCGCUACUCAAGACAUCCAACCUCGUAGAACAGCUCCUUCCGAUUCUGGUGGAGCACCUGAAAUCAUUUUUCGAAGAAUGAGUCGAGGAGAUGUACCUCCCAUACCUGAGCUACUGGCUCUGAGAAAAAGAUCUCAAGCUCCCGGAACUGAUGGGAUAGCCUCGCCUGGUGGGCUUGUUUCAUCCAUUCCACAGACAUCGCAACGGAAUAAUCAGAAUCAAACGUGGCAAUCACGUGCUGCAACCUUAGCUAGCCAGUCCUCUCAUUCAAGGCAAGGACAGACAGCUCCGGCCACUCCGAUAAGCUCAGGCAAUGUUGCCUUAAAUUCGCCUGCUGAUUUUGAGGAUCCAUUCGAAGUACAAAAGAAAGCCAUGCAGGUUAAGCGUGAAUUAGCUAUUGCUAGGAGGCGAGAUGAAGAAGCAAAAGAAGAGGCCGAGAGAAAAGAACGUAUCCGAAUCAAACUAGCCUCGAUGGGGCUUCCCGUAGAAAAGGAGCAAAAAACUUCGUCAAAAGAAGAAAAUACGAUUCCUCAAGUUCAGACUCCAAAGACUUCUGAUAUAGAUCCAGUACAGCCCAAGAAAGAUGUGCAGGAAGUCCCCAUUAAAGCAAAUUCGAAUAAUUCAGACUCAAAGAAUCAAAACUCUCUCCCCUCUACCGACGAGCCUAACCCUGUAGAUAAACUUGCACCCUCUCGAUCAUCGACACAUCAACCUCAAAAAGGCACAUCGCAAGCCCAAGGAUCUCAAGAUGCCCGCAGUUCUCAAUCCUGGCAGGGGAACUCGACAGAUAGAUUUAAACCAUGGGCUCCUACUCCUGCACAACAACCCACAUCGCGAAACGUAUGGGGUCCCCCUACUAAUGAUCGUACCCUUGGAAACGGAACUUUUAAUUCAGAACUUGGUAGAAUACCGGAGAUUUCUUCUCAUCCAGGCCCCAUAGGCCCACUAACCUCGAAUCGCGUGACUUCUCAUGGACAACAUGAAUAUGGCACAAGGCCAGCCCCAAUUGCGCCACCAAAUAGAAGGCAAAGUCAAGGCCUACCAAAAGAUUCCGCUAUUCUCUCUGCCGUUGUCAAUUCUGGUUGGACUUCUCUCCCGAAUAAUAUUACUGAAGAUGACGCGAGAAGGGCCAAACGACAAGAACUUGAAAUAAUUAGGGCACGAGAAUCAACAGAAAAUAUUCUAGUCAUAGAUCCCAAACCCCCUGUUGUUCACGAUACUUGGCGUCAGGUCUCCAUGAAGGAAGAUGGGUGUCGUAGUAAAAUACAGUCUAGCCAUACAACUAUUCAUAACGAACAGCCUCACUCAUGGAAACCUCAAGAAGAACCUAUUCAAAAAAUUAUAUUUGAGGAGCACCCAGAUGCACAACGUCUACCUCACGACACAUUUACCGCUCAGCCUCACUUUAGCAACGCCUGGAGAUCAUCCAGUGUUAGUACGGCUCCUACUCGUGGCUCUCGGUUCUUUCCCAACAACAAGGAUAUUCGGUUCGAAGAACAAAAUCUACCAAUCGAAAGACCCGGAUCUCCUUGUCUACCUCCACCCACUCAGAAAGGUCACCCUGUCUACGAUGGUGACGCCACAAAUCCUCAUGUUUCCCUUCCUCGCCCUCUGCCAAUCGUCAAGCUUCCACCAUCUAAAGAACCAGAGCCCAUCAAACCUCCAAAGCCUAUCUCCUUUGCAGCAAUUGUCGCAACGCCAGCUGUUCCCGCUAUCAAUCGUACCAGCUCGCGACCCACAUUAAGACCUAAUUUCCCCGAGCCUACCCGACGAGAACCAGUUGCAGGCAACUGGCAAGAUAAAAUUAAUACGUUGAUAGGUCGCAAAAGUUCAGUCAAGUCUAACUCACUAGCUGUAGACUCUUCUAGCAAGAAAGCACUCGAGGUUCCUCAACAGCGGUGCUCUGCUACCGUAUCUCUUCCAUCACUGGCUCUAGGUGACUUGGCUGUGGACAUUGGAUCGGUGGAAUCUAAGCCAGCUGCUGAGGUCUGUUUUGAAGAGCAAGAGAUGGGCUCUCUUCCUCCAGUAAGGAUUCCAGUUAAGCCCCCCACGGCAGCUUGGGACCUCGCACUGCCCCCUAAACCACUGCCGAAAAAGUUUGCAGUUUCGCAGAUCACCACUGCUGAACAAUAUUCCUUCACACCAGCUAUAACCAACAAUAGUUUCUCUCUUACCAUUAAGAUCCCCGGAAAAGAAGAAUCGAAAGACGUCUUGAUCUAUACAAGUAGACAGAAAAGUAACGCUAGACGCACCGGUACUCGAGGAGGUGGAAACUCACGUCACUCGUCUCAGCAAAAGAACCGAGGUCGUGAUUCCUCUGAUAAUUAUCAACCAACGAACAACAUAGAACAUCUUGUAAUAUCCCCUGGGUCCAGUGCUACUAUCCGCGGCCGAGGCCGAGGAUACAGGAAUAACUGGAAGCGAAAUCAUAUGACUCCAGUUCAUACAUGA